UGUAAGAAAGCAUGUCAGCGGCACUUAGUGUGCCGGCGUAGUUUUUCCCCAUAAAACAGCAUCUGCGGUUUCAUUCGGUAUGUGAGCUGGCAGAGCGGUAGCCAUUUAUGGAAACUUUUCCCCGAAUUUCGUUUUGCUGCUUUUGCGUUCAUGCAAAUAAUGUGAGUAUCGGAAAAUGACUUAUUUUAUUUUGAUUACGCAUUCGAGUCUGUUAAAUGCGUAGUUUCUGGCUUUCAUUGGUUUGCUAGUUUUGCACCGCCGGCAUUUCUCUUGUAAUUGAGAAUCACUUGAUGUAUUUUUGAUGGGGUUUAUGUUUCAUUGUCUUUCAUCGCGAUGCUAACACAUGACAGAUUAUCGCGAUGUUCCAUUACAUUUGUAUUCUUUAAAUGCUGUAUUUAAUGACAAUGGCCGUCAUCAGUGUAUAUAAAUUGAUACUGUGUGAACUAUAGCAGCAAUGCUAAUAUUCCGUUUUUCCCUCAUGUCAAGUUGCAUAUUAAUUAAUUUUCCUUCUGUUUUCUUCUUUAUUUUACAGACCACAAACACACACACACACAUGCCUACCCAACCUACCACCAUUGGCGUAAUUCUAUUAAAAUCUAAAAUUGAAUUUCUCUUGUUCCCAUGUCUUCAUGGCAAUUGCAUUGCACAUGUUUUGAUGGGAAUAAAAUAUAUCACUCCUCUGGAGCCAGAUUCAUGUUCAUAUUAACCGCCUCAACCAGUAAAUUCAAUGUGGAGGUGUAUCCCCCUCUGCUACAGUCAUCUCUGACAGAUGAGCCCUCCUGCUGUAUAGGGAGGCCAUUGAUGAGGUCACUGUCAUGGAUGAUUGUCCUGCCAGAGGUGAACAAUCAAGUUUAGUUUCCAUCUGUUCUAGUUUGGCAAGGGUAGCUGGUGUUGUUUGGUAUUGGACAGGUAUGGUUCUCAGGUUCUUAUUUUCAUCCAAGAGCUUGAUUAUUUUUUCACAAGCCUUGCUCUCUCCAAUUAUAGGAACGUUCACCUUGCCAUAAAAUUGAGUAACUUUUGAAAGCACUAUUUUCGCACAAUCCCAUUUUGUUUCAUUUGUAGCGUUACCCUUUUUUGGUGGAUAGGGACUGCAGUCUUGAUGUCAAGAUCUCAAACAGUGGAUUCAGGGGAUGUGAGGGAAGGACCAUUGUCCUUCUUUUACUGUCAUGAGGUUGUUUCAUGGGUCUUCGUUGUUUCCCUAUACUCUUACUACUCACUAAUGUCACACUCUCCAGCUUCAUUUGUCUGAGGUAAUUUAGAGAGCCUAACCAAGCUGUUGGGCUGAAGGUCAGUGCUGAAUCAGUGAAGCAGGUGUAAAAUGUUUCCAGUACUGACUUUGACUUUUUAGUGACAUACGUAAGGGCCAGUUGCAGUCAAUUUUGUAGUUGUUAUAUGUAGAAAAACACCUGCAAUUAAAUGAUCUUAUUCCUCACUGACAUCUAGAUCGCUCAGGUAAACAUUUGCAAGGAGAUAUUUGCAUGUGUUUGACCACAUUUACAAAGAAAAUUUUUUCCCUUUCCCUUUCAACCCCUUUAACUAUAUUGUAGAUCAUUGAAGGUAUGAUUCCCUCCUUUGUUUGCAGAUUACUAUUUUUGAUACUGGUCUGAGGUCACUGCAGUAAGUCUUUGUAUUUCACACACACAUUAGUGCUGAAUACGACACCCCAAAUUCUACUUCAAUUUAUUACACCUAUAUUUCUUGAUUUACUCAAUUAAAUUUGUUUUGGGUUAAUUUGAAUGAAACUAAAAGUUUUCACCUGACUAAGCUUAAAAAAAAUAUAGUACUAAAGUACAAUUUUAGAUUUAGGUUUAUUUCAAUGUAUACCAUUAUUUUAACACUGACUGCCAGGCACAAUCUGGUGGAAGUUUUACAUAUGAUGAGUGUAUGAAGCUUGUUUUGUGAGAUGCUCAGUUUCGUAGAACUGUGACAGGUCGUGCAGGCUGGCAUAGACUAUCAGGCAUGUUAUCAAAACUUCCUGCCCCCAUGUUUGCAUAAGAUGUUUGGUUUACAAAAUAAGCUUUUUUAAGCAUGUUCCCUCAGAAUUCAGUCAGCACUUCAUCUAUCAGUCUACCCCUCUCAGCAAAGAACUAGCGAAGAUGAACAAUGGUCAUUUGCCACUGUUACUGGGAUUUCUGUUGUCCUUAACAGCCUGUUGCACUUGUGAUGAAGAGAAUGUCGCCAUUGGUAAAAUAGCCGAUCAGUCAUCCAUAUGGGACUGCUGUUCUGAAAGACUCAGCGGAGCAGAGAUUCGCAUUGGAAACUCCCUGGUAGACAAUGGCAACAGUAAUCCAUUAUGUGCUCAGAUUCCCAGCAAUCCUCCUGGGAAUAUUUUAACAUAUAGCUGUCCUGGGAUGCUGGGACGAUAUGUUAGCAUUUCACUCAACCGAAAAGGAAUUCUAACUCUGUGUGAAGUAGAGGUCUACGGCCAAGUUGAUCAGCAAGAUGUUUGUGGAAAUCCGAUUUUGAUGCCGGGACUCUUUCGCAACAUUGACUACUCUUACACCGGAUUCCCAAGUUUUCCGCGUUGCGAUUCUGCUUGGGCCGGAAGGUGGGUGCGUUUCCAGGGGAUCGUUGGGGAUGUUAUACCCGAAUCCUGUGUUGGAGCGUGCUGCUCUGGUUCACUUUCCUCCGCUUACCUGGGGUUCACUCACCCACAACUGGGGGAGGACAUCAAAAAGGGCACCACACUUAUCAGGUCAUCAGUGAACUGCCUUGCCUCCACUGUCGAGGGGAUGCGAGUUCUGGCUUGUCCCGGAGGGUACUACGUUUACCGUCUGCCGCCUGUACUGUGUCCAGUUACCUUCGCCGUUCGUCACGGCAACUGUACCUCAACCUCCUGUGGGCCAAACGCGGUGUGUACCAGUGAUGGAGGCUGUGUCUGCGUUCCAGGAUACGAGGUACCUGCGAACUCCCUGCCAACUCCAGAGUCUUUCUGUCUUGAUAUUGAUGAGUGUGAGGAUGACCCAGUCAUCUGUGGCCCCAAUGCUGAAUGCAUCAACAUUCCUGGGAGUUACACCUGCCUCUGUCACGAGGGGUACAGUGUAGGAAUUAUGCCAAACUACAUAGCCAGCACCUCAAAUCCCUGUGAAGAUGUGGAUGAGUGUGCCCAAAACCUAUGUGGCGCCAACACAGAUUGCUACAACACUGUGGGAAGCUUCUACUGCUUCUGCAAGGAAGGGUACAUUUCCUCUACUGGAUUGAUCUGGGAGUCUGGGAAUACUGUGUGCCAAAGUACAGAGGAAUUUCUUGCCUCUCUAACUCCUCCAGAGGGCCAGUCACCUGAGAUGUUCUUCCUAAACCAAAUCAACAAGGAUUUGGAGGACAACCCUGAUCUUGUUAUGCCUGAGAAGACAGUGGCUGCUGUCCUGAGCACGACCCUCUCUGUCGUGGGCGUCAUGGAGGCAAAAGAUGGCGACUCAGAGACAGCCAACAUCGUCCUGAACAUCUUAGAGGGGCUGGUGUCCACCCUUGUUGAUCCCAAAUUUCAGGAAAAUAAUACAGUGACUCAGAAAACUGUGAACACAACAGCUGUAGAAAUUAAGUUAGUGAGCCUUAGCGGGAAUGCGACUGAGACGCCUGUUCUCCUUGCCAAGGGAAACAUGAUGAAAAUCAAUCUUGCAGCUAUCGCUAAAAAUAACAACGGAUCCGCUUCUGCUGCUCUGAUGUUCGUUGAUGGGAUGGAGAAGUUCAUGAGUCCCAGCUUCUUCAAAAGUGAAAAUAUCACAGAGAUGUAUUCUGACAUCAUCACUGCCACACUACCUAAGACGCGACACAAGGAGCUCCCUGAGCCUGUCAAGUUCACUAUGCACCACAAGAAGGAGACGUUCCAGGCUGGGCUGGUUACCUGUGUGUACUGGAAGAUAAAUGGGAAUGAGACACACUGGUCAGUGGAGGGGUGCACAGCAGCCUUCUCCAAUGAAAACUACACUGUAUGCAGCUGUACCCACCUCUCCACCUUCGCCAUCCUCCUGCAGACGGGGGAACCGAAUGAAGAGGAUGAUUCUCUGCUGGAGAAGGUGAACCUGUUCUGUAUGUGUGUGGGUCUGGCCUUCCUCGCCCUCGCCAUCCUCACAUUCCUACUGUGCACAUGGAACCCUAAGGUCAACAACACCGCCCGCCUCCACCUCAGCAUCUGCCUCUUCUUGGGUCACCUGCUCUUCCUGGUGGGCGUGUCUCGCACUGAGAAUGCGGUGGCGUGUGCAGUCAUUGCAGGCUUGCUGCACUUCAUCUUCCUGGCGGGCUUUGUGUGGAUGUUGCUGGAGACUGUGCAGCUGUUCCUGCUGGUCAGAAGCCUGACCAAAGUACAGGUCAUCCAGAAGGAAGGGCUAAGGGCACUGUACCUCCUGCUGAUUGGCUACGGAGCUCCCAUGGUGGUGGUGGGAGUGUCUGCAGCAGUGUUUUCAGGCGGUUUUGGCAGCAAAGACACUUGCUGGUUAAAACAAGAAAAAAAUUUCAAUUGGAGUUUUAUUGGCCCAGUCAUUGCCAUUCUCACACUCAACUUGGUCUCAUUUGGUGUGAUCAUCUGGAGCCUACAGCCUACACUAGCCAACAUGAAGAGUAACGUUUCCCAGUCAAAAGACACCAGACUGAUUAUCUUCAAAAUUGUUGCCCAGUUUUUUGUUUUGGGGUGUGCCUGGAUCCUGGGAUUUUUCCAGAGCAGCCCUUUCUUGAAAUACCUCUUCAUCAUCCUGAACUCACAGCAGGGCACCUUCAUCUUCAUCGUUCACUGUCUGCUGAACAAAGAGGUGCGAAAGGAGUACAGGAGGUGGUUCUCAUGUCUGUGUAGAAAAGAGGGACCAUCAGGAGACAGUGCUACUAAAGACACUGUGAACGAUGCAUCUCAACCCACAAAAGACAUGGACAAGGCAGAUCACCAUCAUCGAUAAGGAACUGAACAAUUAAAACUUUUUUAUGGAACUACAAAUACACAUUAAUUCGUAAAUACUUUUUAAUAUAUCAAACAAUGGUUACUGUAGAUUGAAUUAUAGAUAUAACUGCAUAUGCUUGAAUUGGUAGUUAGUUGCAUGUAAAUAUAUUGUUUUACAAGUUUAGUAAUACAGAAUAAGCAGUUGACAAGCAGUGUGGAAGGUGUCAAUUAUUGUCAAAGAAAAGAAGACUUCUGUA